AUGAUGGAAGUCCCUCGGUCUGACUCUUUCUCCCGCCUGCCGGUUGAAAUCAUUCUUCAUUGCUUCUGUUCUCUCUCCUCUUUCUGGGACGCAUUGCGCUUUGCUGCAACCUGCCAACAAAAUCGCUGGAUUUGGACGGCCAAUGUGAGCAUAAUCUAUCAGCAUAUCAGCCCCAAAGCCAUCCAAUGCCGCCGUUAUGCUCGCACUUUGUUGGCCGAUCAAGGCGGCGCACCAGCCGACUCACACGUUUUGACUACUCACGACGUCCUGCAACUAGUCCGGAACACUGUGGUGAUGAAAAAAUCGAUUGAGCAAUUUAACAAGGUCUAUGUUUAUCGGUUUACUACAGGUCCAAACAAACCCAAUAAAGCCUCCUGGCCAUAUUUCGGAAACAAGCCCCGCCCACCAUACUUGAUAAAGACAGAACGUGCACGUUUCGUGCGAGGACUCUAUCAGCUUUGGAGCAUAGUGAUUCUGGAACCCAAGGCAAGACAGCAGAGAAUGGAGAGUCUCUGUCUCAAAGAUCUUGCCACACUCUUAGAUCUCACACAAUAUGAUGAAAUCAUGAUUUAUGAUAAGACGGUGAUUGCUAUGCAAGAAGUUCAUCGCGGACUGCUGGAAACGAGAUAUGGAGAGCUUUGGGGUCCUUAUCUUCGUAAGCUUCACGAGCUACUCGGUGAUCCUCCAGAUUCAUUCAGGAGAGAACCACCGUAUGGCAUGGGAUACUUAGGGAGGAUAGCGAUUUGGAAUGAUAAUGUCGAAGACCUCAAAGAAGUCGUCACUAUGAAGAUAAGUCCCUCGGUGCCGGACCCCGAUUUUUCUGAGCUCUGGUACGAUACUCCUGACGAAGACUUGUCCGACUAG